AGCGCGCGGACACGGUGAAGCAUGAUUGUCAAAGUGCAAUACAGGAACUGCAAGAAGUACAUCAAACUGGCAGAGCCCUGCUUCAGUGAGUUUGUCUCCAAAGUGAAGACCAAGUUUACAAUUCCGGCGGAAUCCCACAUUGAUGUCACAGACAACACCGGCACAGAAAUCGAUGAAGAUGUCUUCCCGGACCUCGUGACCACUCUUGACAGUUGUUUUGUUGUCUGGACAAGUUUUGAUUCCCCACUGGUCGCUUCCUCACCAGUUGUGACAGAUACGAGGUCAAUGACGCCUUCAAGCAGCAUUGGCAGUGACCAGGUUAGCGUGUCCUCUUCAAAAAGAGCCAGGCUGGAAGGGAUCGAUGAGACGCUGGACGGCAGAAAAGCCCGAGAUAUGGUGAGAGAAGUUCUGAGUAAAACACCGGGAGGUGCAGUUGUGAUGGAAGAUUAUAAACAGUCAGGUGGCCUCUCAGAUUCUUCCAGGAGAAAACUGGUUAAUAUUCUGGCAGCUCACAUGACUGAACAAGAAGGAAGAAUCCCCUGCAAGCAAACUAAAGAAAUGACUGCACUGGGGAUCGUCACAUUGUUUCCAGCUUUGAAAGACCCCUUCUCCAAAAAAGGUUACGAACAUUUCUAUGACAGUCAGAGUGGGACUGGCUUCCUAUCGUGGAGGCUAAAAACCAUUCAGCGGAAGACAAGGCCAAGACAUAUUCAUGAAAAUACAGAGAAUCAGAACACUGGAGGUCCAGCAAUGUCAAGAGACACGAUCUAUCUUGAGGAUCAGCUGCAAGGUGACCAGUGUAGAGAAGCCAUAUCCCUAAUGAAUCACUCCAACAACAGCCAGCUUGUCCUGCUAAAGAUGAGGCAGACCUUCCAAUACAGACAGUGCCUUGUCCACGACCAAGAGAAAUCCACCAUCCUACUGAAAGUUUUUCCCCGUUUUCUGGACAUCAAGGGAUUGGUACUUCAAGACUUCAGUUUGCUCUUUGGAGAAGAAACAGCAUCAAAGUUUCUUGAAAAGUGGGGCAUUGUUUUCAAAGAUAAAGUGAUCAGGGAAGCAAGGACACUGCCAUCCACACCCCUCCUGCAGAAGCUGUUGAACUCUACCAACAUAAAGAAAGAGGACGGAAACCUGGAAAAUUCAGAGUGGGACAGUGACAUGGCAUCCCUGUUACUUCUGCUGCACCUCCUUGCACCUCAACCCGGAGGGAGAAAGAAGACGUUGAAAAUCAGUGUCCGCGAUGCAGCAGAUCGACUGGUGAAGUUUCACAAGUCAUGCCCCAGUCUGGAUACCUACCUGGCAGAGACUGAGACGAACCCCCAGCCAUACCUUUUGGCGACAGGCACGACAAAGGCCGAUGUGCACAGUUUCUACAUCGUAAUGGAUAAAUCUCUCAUUCCCUGUCAGUCCACCUCUUCACUUGCUGCCUUUGACGAACUUUUUAAAGCUCAUUUUGUGUUCCGUGUAAAAUAUGAGGAAUCUCUCUGUAGCCUGUUCACCUUUAUUCAGACAACUGUCUACAACAUAGAUGUCGGUACCACCAGGGAAAGUCCUAAGGUCAGAGAGUUGCGAGCAAAACUAUUAAACAAGUGUUAUUCCUAACCGAACCCCACCAUUUUGAUGUGUUAUGUCCGGCGAGAAAGGAAUCAGCCGAGCAGAACUCAUUUCAGCACUUAAUAGUAAGUGACAAGGUGGGGAAAUGUAUAGGAAAUUCCAGGAAGCACAUUAUCAUCCAAUAGUUCUCCGGAAUCUGGAAGAAACCAUCAUAUAGCUGAAGCAAAUACUCCAACGGCUUGAAGAAAACAUUAAGACGACAUACUGGGAUGGCUCAGGUAUUCGAUAACCAAAUGAGCUGCAUGGGCUGAGUGGUCUCAUAGUAUUGGCAAAAUUCCUUACAGCUUUACUAAGGCAAGAUUUAGAUGAUUUUGUAUCCAACAUGGACGCUACACUGCGUGAAACACUAAUUUAUGGAGAUUAUAAGAGUGAUGUGUUUGUAAGAGAAGGGCAAUGGGGGUCCAUCUGACCGCACUGUUCCACACCCUGAAGGUCCCAUGGAUUCCAGAUGAACCACCAGUGGUUUGGAUGCAAUGUGCCAAAUUCUUAAGGAAAACUCAAAAAAUGUAUUUAUUGCUUAGACCUGUGCUGCUUGUGGCACACGGUUUUCUGUAUCAUUAGCUGUUCCUGAAAAUUGCCUUAAAAUGUCCCUCUUGGCUCAUAUAGACAGUAGCUCCCUUGUGUCGGAGUCUGUAUCUCAAUUGCUUAGUAAAUGUAUUUAAGUUUAUAUAAUGUGUGGUCCCUUUAUAUCAGGGGUGUCCAAACUUUUUUCACUGGGGGCCACAUACAGAGGAAUAUACGACGGGCUGGGCCACCCACCAGAGGUGAGCUAUAUUGCCUCACCUCCUGUGUAUUAAGCUAGCAAAAUCAAUCAAAUAUCGGUAAAUUAUGCUUCAUAAUUGAAUAUGUUUAAAGAGAAA